AUGAAAUAGAAUAGAACUAGGCUGAAAUUCUUGGAACAGGGAGGGGCAAAGACAAAAUUGGUCAUUAAAAAGAUCUUUGUAAAACCAUUUUUCUCUCAUGACUACAAUCUGAUUAUAAACUUAGAGGAAUGUGUGAUCUAUAAUAUAGCAGAUAAAUUGAGUAUUAACAAAAACUAAGGAAUUAGAAAAUUUGAGCUUUACAGAACCAAUAAUGCUCUCAUAAAUCUCUUGAACUAACUUGGCAUUUAAGCUAAUCCUGGCCCUACUCGGAAAUUCUAAUUACUAUUCAAUCCCACUUUCAAACUAAUAAACUGCGAAGCAUUAAAAAUAGCUCUAGGGCUUUCAACGAAAAAUGUUGAGUAGUUUUUAAAGAUGUUUCCUAAUGCUAAGGAUAUUCACAUUCGAGUUAAAGAUAUUGAUGAACUCGAGAAAAUCGAGUUUAAAAAUGAAUCAGUCCGAAAGCUUUAAAUUGAAAAUGAUAAAACUACUAACUCUUAGAAGAAUGUAUUGAUUUGCGAAGUGCUGGAUUUGAUUAUUGAUGAAAGUUGCAAGGAUUUGAGACAACUAACGCUUACUAAUUAUGGCUUCGUGAAGAACAUUACUCUUAAUGCUCCAUAACUUAGUAAACUCAAAAUCAAUGGACUUUUGAGGACAAGACAACUGUCCAUUAACAAAACUAAAAUUCUUUCAAAGAUUUAGAUAAAGGGGAUGAUUUUGGAGCCUGCUUAAAUAAGAGAGAUCAGUCAAGAUUAGAUAAUGAACUCAUAGUUUGACAAAAAGCUGUGGAUACCAAGGAUACUCUUCCAAAACAAUUAAAAUGAUUUAAAGCUGGUUAAGGUUGAAUACAAGUCAAGCGACAAAAACCAAUAAUAAAAUCAGUUUAGCAGCUAAACUAGCAUCAGACAAUUUGACAGUGUGUAGUGUAAAACAAUGGAAUGGAAUAGAUAACAAGGAUUUAAAGGAUUGAUUGAAGAAAUUGAAACAAUUCAAAAAUUAUUUCCAGGAAUCCCAAAAUUAUAUUGA